CCUUAAGUUUUCUCCUUCUAGUUUCACUUUGUAACAUGUAUAGGUUCAACCUCAGCUAACGGGACCAUAGCAUCGAUGUGUAUGUUGAGUCCGUGCAUGAUGUGAAGUAUGGCUACUGACUGUUGUGAUGGGGUCAACUUUCCUGUUGUUAUCUCCCCUUACCAGGGGGUGUGGAAACUACAGUACUAUACAGAGGAUAAGCUCCCACCUAGAAAGUGCUGGUCACUCCUGUGUCCUGUGGGAUCCGGACACUAUCACUGACCCAAAGGAGUUACAGGACAUAGCAAGCCAACACAGCAUUCAAAUGGUUUUAGCUCUACAUGCAUACAAGGCUGGACGUCACCUUCUAGGUUCCAAUCUACCAUUCAUUCUGAUAUUUGGAGGCACAGAUGUCAAUAUAUAUGCUACAGAUGCUGAGAAGCUGAAAGUUAUGACUGAGGUUGUUUUUCUUGCAAAGGGCAUCAUUUCUUUCAGCCAGUCCCUUCUUGAUGCGGCUAAGAGACUUUGGCCAUCCCUGAAUACCAACAAAUGCUUUGAAAUCAAACAAGAACUUCACACCAGUAGAAAUGAUGUCUUCUAUGUUAUUCUUGGGUCUAUGGCAGAUGUAACGUAUGAAGACGAAUUCAUGGCUGGUGUCUGUGGAGUAACCGGUGUUGUAUAUCUACCCGGCCUGGGGAUAGACGAUACCCACGCGGCCAUUAAAGGAAGCUUCGCUCUUGUCAACUCGUCCCGGAGUGAGGGUAUGGCGGUGGCUAUCUUAGAGGCUAUGGAUUUAGGUGUCCCUGUUCUGGUGCGUGAUAUCCCCGGGAACCGCUGUAUAGUGACUGACGGUACUAAUGGCCUUGUGUACGGUUCACCAGAGGAAUUCGUCCAGAAAUGCGAGAUCCUACUGGAUGACGCUUCAGUUCGAUCCAAGUUGGUGUCAAAUGCCAAUGAAUAUGUUUCCAAACAUCACAGCGUGGCUGAUGAGAGAAUACGAUACACACAAGUUGUAUGCAUGGCGUUGGAUUCAUCUUUGACCAGAACCUGAACCGCUGUAUGAAGAUAUCAAUUUUACAUGUAAUGUGCCUUAAUAUGGAAUCUGCUAUGGAAUUUCGGGUUUUGUUUCCUCCCCUGUUUAACCAUAAGGAUGGAUAUAAAAGGUAAACAUGUAUUAUUGCCAAAUGGGUAUUUCUCGUCAACCGGUUAAUAUGUAUUUCUUCUAAAUUAAUAGGAAUGCAUUUUUUUCGUUAAUUGUUAAAUGUUUUUCUCAUUAAUGGUAAAAUAGGCAAUUAUGGCAAUGGUUUAAUCGCUGUCUCUUGUUUAAUUAUUUUUGGCUGGUUAAUGGUUAUUUAGGUUGUUCUUGGUUAAUGGUUUAAUAAGAAUUCUGGUUAAAUGUAAUAGGUUUAUGGUUGAAUAGAUAGUUUCUCUUCAUUAUCAAAGGUGUUUCUGGUUCAGGCCAUAUUACAGUAUAUCAAUUGAUUUUCCGUGUUACUUGAGAAAUGUAUGCCAUGGGCUUUUCAAUGGUCCCUCCUGUUUAUGUUUUUAAUUUUUGUUUUGAAUGUAUAACUUUAUGGUGGUAGAAGCGUGUUGAAACAGGUGUUAGAAGGUUGGAAUAUGUUUUUUGUUGUUAAUCAAACAAUCUGUGAUAUAUAUACAAUUUGUCAAAUAAUUGAUCUUGGCAUGCCUCAUUGAUAUUUUAAGUACAUAGAAAGAAAGAGAGAGAAAGAGUGACAACAUUAAUGCGUCACUGAUAUAUAAUUUGAACCAUUUGAAAUGUUGCUCAAUGUGGUGUUGAUUUAAAGAUACUUUAUUGGUAAAAGAUGUUGAAUCUGUGCGAAGUGUUUGUAUCAGAUAUAUAUUUUAGAGUUGAAUGGCAGAUUUAGUGUUUUUUAUGCGUCUGGAAAACUUGACCCUCCAAUCAAAUCCUGCUACCUUUCUUUUAAAAAUGAUGUAUUUUUCAAUUUGUUGACCCGGUAACAUUUUCACAGAAUAUUGUUUUGAGAGUGUAUUACAUACAAUAUAUAUGGCGAGUUCGGACCAUUUAUUUAAAAUCAUAAUCGGGUAUAGACAAAUUAUAAAGGAUGUGUAUUCUCUGUUUACACUUGUCACAAACAUUGACGUACUGACAACAGAUGUCAUUGGUCACCACACGUUUCACCAUUGCACCGUUAGAGAUUUUUUAAAUAUGUGUAUGUAGUAGCUAUAACUUAUUUGACCUCUUGACGUUUUCUUGAUUUUACUGUAAACUAUCAAUUUCAGGGGGUACUUAUUUUCUCAGUUGUUCUCUCUACAACAGUACUGCAAGGAUUUAACUUCACGAAGGAACAAGAGCAAUGCUAUAUGUUCGAAGAUUAUUUUUCGUCUGAAAAAAUCACGAAAUAGAUACAUUUGGGAAACACUGCUGACAAACGAGCUCGAAAAAAAACAUCUCACUAAGUAGAUAUGAUAAACAGAAUAAAAUCUGUCCGUGGAUUAUGAGACGAUUUAUAACUAUACAUGUAUAUGUUCUUUUAAGGAAUACGGUAAAUGAAUGGUUCAGAUUAGGACUGCGUGCUGGAUCAUCUCUGACGAUAGAUCCCAGCUUUAAAAGGGACAUACACGGCUGUUCGUGUUUGCGGACUGACUUGUUCGUGUGUAUUUAAAUGUUCUACUUCAGGAUAAAAUUUGACGGACCUACAAAUGUUAGCGAAGACCUUGCAAUUCUUUACCAAUUCUUGCCAAGAGGCAAUAUCAGCCCACUAGGUCUAUUUAAUUAACGAACUCUUAGCCCAACGGAUUGUAACACAAUAAACGAUAACGGGCAUGGUGUUGCAUGUCUGUCCACUCUGAUGUUAACACUGUCUCUCAGUGUUGGUUUGUUUGUAUGAGUGGUUUUACGUCCGCUUCACUACCGAGUAGUUCGGUUUUCCCGCAGACGAUCCUAACUCUGUCAGAAUGAAAUCCUAAUUAAAUAUGGGCCAUUUUUUGGCUCGUGUGUUGUUGUGAUCUCAGAUUUUUAUGGUUGGUUAUUCUUCACUGCUGAUAAAUGAAAUGGGUACAUGGAGAUUUUUUGUCACGGUUGUUAUUGAACACUUUACCGGUGUAUGGUGUGUAUUUUAGACAUUCACGAUGUUGAUCUUUUUUUGAUAUAAUUACAGAUAAUGAUACGUUUGAUGAAAUACCAAAAUGUCAUCAAAUCAAAAACAAAGAAGCACGCCUGUUGUUCAAAUAUAUAUUGAUAUAGAAAUGCCAAAGAUAUUACGAAUAUUUUAGCAUGAAUUUAACUGUUAUUUUUUUUAAAAAAAUGCAAUGUUGUCGACUUGAAGAUUUAAAGACUCGAAGGCUGUAAUUCUAUAUGCUCAAAGUGUAAUUGAAAUUAAAUCAAUGAUUUUUUGUUAUUUCAUAAUUAAUGAAAAUUAAAGCCAUUUGUUUUUUAAAAUGAAAAUCGAUUUCGUGUUGUCUCAAGAGAGUGUUAAUGAGUAAAGAU